CAAGUAGGUGUGUCUCCUCACGACCGACUGGAGUCCGAGCGUCUCCUCGCGACCCCCGUGUCAAGGCGGGAAGCAGUGGUGUCCCCUCCCGACCCCCGCGGGAAGAAGGGAGCCGGGAGUGUCCCCUCCUGAGCCCCGUGGCGGGGCUGGAGUCAGGGUGUCCCCUCAUGUCGCCUGCGGGAACAGGGAUGUCCCUUCACGACCCUGCGAAAGGGCGGGAACAAGGAUGUCCCCUCACGAACCCCGGCAGCAAAGCGGGAUCAGGAAUGUCCCCUCACGACUCCGCGAAGGGGCGGGAACGGAGGUGUCCCCUCACGACCGCCGUGGCACGACUGGAGUCAGGGUGUCCCCUCAGGUCCUCGGCGGGAACAGAGGAUGUCCCCUCACGACCCCCAUGGCAGCGCAGGGACGGGGGUGUCCCCUCACGACCCCCACCGAGGGAAUCCACGCUAUAGUUCCCGUCGCUGAAUGCCGUUCGUUGUCCCUCAGCUCUCGGGGCGAUGUGGAGCCCGGCCCCGCUGUGCGCCCUGGGCCGGCGGCGCCCCGGCCCCUCCGCGCCGCUGCAGCCCCUGACCCGCCUGCUCCAGAGGGAAUAUGGGGAACAACCCCCGACCCGCCUGCUCCAGAGGGAAUAUCGGGAGCUGCCUCUGCCGAGGCAGGGCUGGGGAAGGACGCACCACCUGCCUCCCCGCCGAUUUGUGAGUAAUAAACCCAAAUCCAGGCGGCAUCCCAAAACAUUCCCAGUUCUAGAUGGACGUGUCCCCGCCGUGUACCGACAUGUGUUUGAAGCGAAUUUAAGGAACAGCGAGGCUGUGAUUAACAGAUACUCGGAACUGCUGGAGAGGGUGAAGAAAGGAGGGGGAGAAAACGCCGUCCUGCGGCACACGCAGCGCAACAAGAAGCUGUUCGUGCGGGAGCGCCUGAGGCUGCUCCUGGAUGAUGGGGAUUUCCUGGAGCUGUCCCCGCUGGCAGGGCUGGACAUGCCCUACGGGGAUGUCCCUGCUGCCGGCUGCCUCACUGGAAUUGGCAAAAUCUGUGGGGUCUGGUGUGUCUUCAUUGCAAGUGAUGCCACUGUGAAAGGAGGAACAAUUUACCCAAUUGGAGUGAAAAAACAAUUAAGAGCCCAGGAAAUUGCCAUGGAGAACAGGCUGCUGUCUGUGCACCUCGUGGACAGUGGGGGAGCCUUCCUACCCCUGCAGUCAGAGCUGUUUCCUGACAAGCUGCACGGUGGCAGGAUUUUCUACAACGAGGCAAUCAUGUCUGCCAUGGGAAUCCCUCAGGUGGCCGUGGUGUGUGGCUCCUGUGUGGCUGGAGGUGCCUACGUGCCCACCAUGGCUGAGGAAUCUGUGAUCAUAGAUAAAACUGGGACACUGUUCCUUGCUGGGCCACCCCUGGUGAAAGCUGCUACAGGGGAAGAUGUCUCUCCUGAGGACCUUGGAGGAGCCAGGCUUCACUCACAAGUCAGUGGCUGCACUGACCAUUUUGCACCCUCAGAAGAGGAGGCCUAUGAGUGCAUUCGUAAUGUUGUCUCCACCUUAAACUGUGAGCCAGUGCCAGAGGAGGACAGGGAUCAUGACAGUCCCCUGUACAGCCCUGAGGAGCUCCUGGGGCUGGCACCACUGGAUUAUGGCUGUACUCUUCCUGUCAAACUGAUUCUGAGCCGUCUGGUGGAUGGAAGCAGAUUGCAGGAAUUCAAGGCUGCUUAUGGAACAACAUUAGUGACAGGAUUUGGCCAUGUAGAAGGGUAUGGCUGGGAACAGUCACCAUCCAAAUGGAUGGGCAUGCAUUUCUCAACAGCUUUUGUGUCCUCAGCAGGUUUUACACCAUUCCAAUCAUCUCUAGGGUUCAAAAGGGAGAAUCAUGGAAUUGUUAAGGUUGGAAAAGACCUCUCAGAUCAUGAGUCCAACUGUCCAUGUUUGUUCUGUAGGCACUUGGUGGGGAUAGUGGCCAACAAUGGGGAGCUGGCUCACGAUGCUGCUCUCAAGGGCAGCCACUUUGUCCAGCUCUGUGGCCAGAGGGGAAUUCCCAUCCUCUUCCUCCAAAACACUGCUCCGCAGCCAGCAGGGCCUGCAAGCAUCUCACAGGCAGAGGCUCAUUCCAACAGGCUGAAAGCCCAGGCUUCCAUGAUGGCUGCAGUUGCCUGUGCUGCUGUUCCCAAAAUAACCAUUGUCAUUGGAGGCUGUUUUGGGAGUGACAGCUACGUCAUGUGUGGGAGAUCAUUCAGUCCAAACUUUCUGUUCCUCUGGCCCAAUGCAAGAGUUGCUCUUGUGGAUUCUCGACAUUUCCCCACAGUCCCACCAGCUGGGGCCUGGACAGGAGAGGAAUUGGAGCUGAAACAGCUGAAGGCAAAGCUAGAGGAAGAAAGCAGUGCCUUUUACUCCUCUUCCAGACUCUGGGAUGAUGGGAUCAUUCUACCUCAAGACACUAGAAAGGUGAUUGCCCAGUGCUUGGAGAUCAUGGAACAGAAGAAGUCCCAGGCUGUGUCUCCCUGUCCCUAUCCCAUCAUCAGGAUGUAAAACUGCAGCCCUCUCAAACCAGAACCCUCUGUCAGAACUCUGAGUGUAAAGAUUUUCUAAUUCUUUGAUACCAUUAAUAAAAAUGUUGAACAAUUGAAGACAAACAAGAAUCCCAGAUUUUAAAUCUA